CUGGCAUAACAGGCUUAUAUGAAACGCUCUCGAGUCCGUUUCCUUGGUGUCUAUGGGGGAGAGCUAAAGAACGCUGCCACAGUUGGGAUCGAACCCGUGACCUCCCGAUCGCUAAACGGACACCAAAUCCACUACGCCAAGGCGACCUUAUGUCCAUUGUAUGGACGCUGUGCCAUAUGCACCUUCUCAACAAGAUAAAGUUUCAGACAGACGAACAACUUUGAUAGUGCGUAAUGUAAUUUAUUUUAACAACUAAGAUUCAAACAACAGUUUUGAAUACUUUGUCGAAAAGGGGUUUAUUUGUGGAGAUAUGUGGGGGAUUACAUCAUUGAUAUGGGGGAUUACAUCAUUGAUUCUUGUUGGAAUCAUCAAAGUCGGUUCCAAAUGUGUCCACGUCAGCUGCAUUGAUCCUAGUCUGGGAGUAGCUGAUAAUGAGUAUUGCAUGUACAUACUACAACUGACCUGUAUAUCGGACGUUAACGCCUGUGACAGCGACGGGGUCACGUACGCCACGAGAUGCCAUUUCGCGAAGGCCUAUUGCGCGAAUGCUAAAGUAACAUUCGUUCGCGAUGGAACAUGUUUAAGCACGCCAUCGCCUACUACAACAACAACAACGACAACAACACCCUCGCCCCCCACCCAGUCCUCAAGCGACGUUCUGAAAGAGGUGUUCUGUAACAACCAGCAGGCCAUUAACUGCCAGACAGGAUUUAAUGUUGUUUGUGGAUCGGAUGGAAACCUCUACCCGAACCCAUGCGAAUUCAGCAAAGCCGUGUGCAACUUGUCUGGACUUACGCGAAUGCCUGAUACGAGCACAUGUUACCCGUUAUAAAUGAGAUAUCCUGACCGAACAUCAGAAACAUUCGUUAUUUUUUGUUACGAGGUUGUUGCGUGUGCAAUAAACUAUGUUACUUGUAUAA